UUGUUAAUAUGAUUCAUUGUAAUUGGUUUUAGUUUUCUAUCACUAUUGCUUUUUUUGUGGGCUUCAUGCUUCUCAAUACUGACAAAGUAGUCAAAAAAAUCUUCUAGUAGCUAAGAGUUUACAGAAGUUUUCAUCUUAGGGAUGUCUUCAUGUGGUGAGGUAUAUUUCUGUUUAUUCUUUUGGGUGGAAGGAUGAGGUUGGAGGAUGAUGUUUGGGAUUGAAGUGAACUACCUCUGUUCUGAUACUUGGGUAGCAUGUAGCCUGAGUUACUGUUUGUCUUAAAAUUUGAGACAGAAUUUAGCUUUAGCGCUUGGACUGGAAAACUAAGUUGGAGGAGUGCGAGAAGGAGAUGCAGGAUUGGAAAAAUCAGACUUCUAAAGCUACAACAAGCAUAUCCAAAAUUAACCGCCAGAUAUCUUCUAAAGAGACACAAAUAGAGCAGCUGAAGUCGCGGAUGCAAGAAAUAGUAGAUAUGUGUGAAUUAGAACAAAUAAGCCUUCCCAGAUCAGACCCAGUGGAGACAGAGUCCUCAACAGCAGGCCCAGUUUUUGAUUUUAGUCAGCUAAAUAGAUCUCUUCUGCAGGACAGGAGACCUGCUGAACGAGAGAAGCUUGAAGCAGACUUCAAGCAAAAAAUGGACACCCUAAUAUCAGAAAUUGAAAGAACUGCUCCAAAUUUGGGGGCUCUAGACCAGUAUGAGGCUCUGAAAGAAAAGGAAAGAGCUGUAACUGAAGAGUUUGAAGCAGCCCGAAAAGAAGAGAAGGACAAAACUGAUAAGUUCAACUCCGUUAAGGAGGAGAGGUUCAGAUUGUUUAUGGAUCCUUUCAGCCACAUUUCUAACAAUAUUGAUAAGAUUUACAAACAAUUGACCAAGAGCAACACACACCCAUUGGGUGGGACAGCGUAUUUAUACUUAGAAAAUGAAGAUGAUCCAUUUUUACAUGGCAUCAAGUACACUGCUAUGCCCCCAACAAAGCGCUUCCGUGAUAUGGAACAGCUGUCUGGUGGGGAGAAGACUGUUGCAGCACUUGCAUUUCUCUUUUCCAUCCACAGUUAUAGGCCUUCUCCAUUUUUCAUAUUGGACGAAGUUGAUGCUGCAUUGGAUAACUUAAAUGUGGCUAAGGUUGCUGGAUUCAUUUGUUCAAAAUCAUGUGAAGGGGCCAGGGGUAAUCAAGAUGCUGAGGGAGGCAAUGGAUUUCAAAGUAUUGUGAUAUCAUUGAAAGAUAGCUUUUAUGACAAGGCUAAAUCUGUGGUUGGGGUUUAUAGGGAUGCCGAGAGAAGCUGCUCAAGAACCUUGACAUUUGACCUGACCAAGUACCAGGAAUCAUGAAAGCAUUUGGAGCUGCAGCUGGUCAAUGGCUUGGUCUAUAAAUAUUUCGAUUACUUUUAUUCCUAAAAUUACUGUAAAUAUGACUAAUUUGCAUUGCAGUUGGUGUUCUGUUCUUAUUAGGCUUCUAAAGAUCACUGGUUUAUCUGGUUUCUUCAAUGCCUCUGUCCAGCAAUUUGCAAAGAGCCAAAGACAAUCUCACUCACCAGCCAAUUAGAUAGCCCUUAUUUUGAAAUAUAAUUGGAUAAAUUUGGCGUUUGGUUCCUAUUAGAAAUCUAAAGAUCACUGCAUUAUCUGAUUCUAUUGAUGUCUGUCCAGCGAUGUUUGGUAAUGUCACUCACCAGCCAAUCGAAUUGAUCUUAUUUUGCAACAUAUUGGAUAAUCUCUAGUUAUAAGCUUUCUUGCAUUUUAUCUGGACAUUUGUCAUGGUUUGAUUCGUUCUAUCUUGAUAGAGAGAUUCUCGAAAUCAUAUCAUUUAAAUAUAAAAUGCGCUCAUAGCAGACCCAAAACGAAUAGCAAGAGCAGGACCCAGAAUUGAUGUGCAUUCAAAAUUAUAGUCGCAAGCAAGUUAUGCUAUGUUCUUUGGUAUUAUCUGGUAUUGCUAACGAAAAAAGAAGUAUGUUUCCCUCUUGAAAAUGCCAGGGGUGUGCACCCACAGUAUCAGGUAUAGCUUGUGAAAUCUCCAGCACCGUGCUGGCGCAAGCUCAAGGAGAAAAGGUGGGAAACCCUGCUGCUUGCACGGUUUGGCUGGUUCUUUGAUUCCUCUCAUGGGAGCAGCUGUAGUCGUUUUUCUUAUCCGAUAGCAUUGGAUACCGCUUAUGUUUUGAUAUUUUCUUUUUUGUUACAUGACAUUUGUCAAAUUUUGAUUCGGGUUUUGAUUUUUAGAGAUAAAGGUGGGUUUUAAUUUUGUGAAAUCUUUGUGAAUACAUGGCUACGAAGUAUUCUUAACUUUGGUACUAAUUAGCCUCAAACUUUUCAUGUCAGCAAACCUUUUGGCUUUUUGGCUACUUUGUUUUGCUUUCCGUAGAAUCUGGUGUCCCAUCACCUUUUGUCUUGAGGUGGGCUUAUUUUGCAGAUUGAAAAAAAAAAAAAUUAAAAGAUUAAAAGAAAUUGAAAAUUUGAAUUUUAUUUGUGA